AUGGAACAGAAGGAAGAUCCUGCAUCUUUGGGGACGGAAGAAGAGCAAUCGACCUCCUCCGAGAGCUCGAGGAAUCCAUUUCUGAAGCGCUUUCAAGCGCGGAAUAAACAUUCAUGGGAGAUGCUCACGCCAUGGCUGAUUCACGGUUCCAUCAUAAUUGCCUAUUCUCUUCUUCUUUGGGCAGUUCUGUUCCCCGGAAUUCCUUUCAGCGCCUCAGAUAAAGAUGAGAGGAAAACGAACUCCGCCUCACCCUCAGUACUACCGGCCAGAGAAGGUCUGCAAUGGGAGUACCGACGCUUCCCGACGAAGAUAGUAGAUAAUCCGUUCGCCGGGCCACCACGCCCAGAGAUGGAUGAUGCAUGGCAUGAUCUUCUGAAAAACGACAAUAUACGCGUACCAGCGGCGUACCUGCGCGAGAAAAACUUGACCUCAAUCUACACCGAGGACUACACUGAGGGAAUUGCAUCUUUGAGUGUCUAUCAUUCACUGCACUGUCUGAAAAAGAUCAAGCACAUGAUAUACAGAGAGUACUACCACGCAGACCUAGACGAGACCGCCAUGGCCCGCGAGUCCAAACACGUCGACCACUGUAUCGAGUAUAUUCGCGAGUCUCUUAUGUGUCAGCCGGAUCUGUCUCUAGUGACCUUCCGAUGGAUCAAUAACACGGCACAGUAUGACGACCCGGCACAGUUCUACCCCACGAAUUUCGAUCGCGAUCUGCACUGUUGCGUCGAUUGGGAGCGUCUGGAUCGCUGGGCCGGUGAACGAGCGUUUGAUCUCUUUCGGGUGGAUUUGCUGGAUAGGCCGGGGCAGACUGGGGAGGGGUGA